AUGGCCAAGAAGAAGAAUAAGAGCCAAAAUAAUGGCGAUUCCCCAGAAAUCCAGGUUCCCGCCGCUUCUGCGCCAUUACCAGCAUCAACUACAUCAACAAAGACGAAAACAAAAGAUACCAAGCCCACGCAACAACCCUCAACAUCUGCACUUAUUAUUUGUCGCAACAAACAUUGGCGUUAUAUCUCUUCUUUCCAUGGACCAUGGCUACAAUUGCCCCCUGAAGUUCUCGAAGCUCUCGCGAAUAAUAAUUAUGCUCUUCCUCGACCCCGACCGAUCGACCCCGCGGUCUUCUUCGAUAUCCUUAAAAUCCGACAGCUUGUUGACGAUGCCACGAAUCUCGCAGUGCGCGCCGCCAGUGGUGUAACAUCUUCUUCUCUCUCGAACUCCUUGAAUGCUGGAAAUGGCUUAUUAGGGAAUGGGGGGACGGCGCUGGGCCUGGGGAUUGGGGGCGGAGGGGGGAAUGCGAAAUUGAGUAAGGAACGAAAACAUCGAAUGCGGGAACAGGCUACACAAAAGCUAUCCAAGGCAUAUCAUCUGGAUGAGAUCGCAUGUAGCGUCGCGACGAUGCAAUCUGCUUCUACACUGGAGGAUGUAGCCCAGCUUGUCCUUCAGAGAAACCCCAACGAUUCGGAUGCCAAAUACGUUCACUUUUUUCACGAGAAGAUUCCUUCGCGGCAGCUCGCAGAAUGUACAAGUUUAACACCAUUGGAUGAAGUAAUAGCAGAUAGGCCGAGUGAAGGCGAAAUAUUAAGAACCCGAGCCGUUACAAAGACAUUCAAGGAGGAUUUUGUGGGAGCGGCGCAAGAUCUUACUUCUGCUUUAUCAGUCUGUAGAUAUUAUCAGAACCAGCAUAAGGCGGGCCGACAGCAAAUACAGCUAGCAAGUGAAGCCACCGCAGAAGCACAGCGAAACAAUGGUGGUAGAUGGAGAGACGAAUUCAAGUUAGAUGAAGAGGACCACCCGAGUAGUCUUGAGACCCAACUUCUGUUUCACCGUGCCGGUGUUUACUUAACUAUUGCAUGUCAACACGUUAAUGCUGCUCUACCACCUUCGCCCCACCAUCACGGUGACCUAUUUAAAUUCGAGGCUAUAGACAAGGCCAUGAAUAGUCCCUGGCCCACCAACGGUGCGACAAGUAAUGAAGACACAAGUAAUGGAGAGAAAAUUAAUGGAACGACAAAUGGUGUGAACGGCACGUCAAAUGAAGAGCCAGAGCUGUCCGUGGCUGAUAAAGAAGCACAUCGAAAACGUCUGGAGGCACGGAAAAUUGUGAAGACAAAUGCAAAGAGGGCAUUAAGAGAUUAUGUAGCAUAUCUGUCGCAUCUGGACUACACCCCUGGCCUUCCAGCUGAGAUCACGGAAGAAUUCGUUCGCAAGGUAAAUUUAGCUGCGAAUGGUUACAAAAUCCCUCGACCACCUCAAAGCAAGCAUAGUAAGCGGGGCCUUGAUUUGGAAAGCAACGCGUCACUGAGUAAUGGUCAAUUGUCCGAUGCACUCGUACCUCAUGUUGGCUAUAACGGAAGAAGUCGUCCUCAAUCUAGCACUUCUCGACCACCGGAUUUGCCUACUUUACCUCCGCCCAAGGUCUAUCAAAUCUCUUCUCUAUUCUCUUCUACUCCACCAGCCGAUCUUCCUCCUUACCCAGAAACGGCCACAGCACUUACAACUAAGCAACAACUUCGCGCAUCCCAAUCCGAGACAGCCCAGCACAUACUUGCCCAGGCCGAUUGUCAUGAAGCCCUCACAUAUCACCCCCUUCUAACUGAUGUCCUUCAUUCCCUUUUACUUUGUCACUGUCUUGUGCAGACCUCCGCUCGUGAACUGCAGCGCCAUGCCCAUAUGGUUGCGCGACUUGCUCGUGUUUGCGACGGCUACCCCAUUUUCCAAGCCUCAAGAUCGCCGUCUCGCGCCGACUGGAUUGAAGUAAUUCGCCGUAACGACAAUUGGAUUUCUCUCGCCGCAUCAUGGGAAACUCUUUGCGCACCCGCGCCGUUACCAGGUCAAAAUCCGAGCAAUCAACAAAAAGAGACAGCUGCGGAAAAGAAAGAGAGAUUAAAGCAGCAAGCUAUUAUGGAAGCACUUGAAGAUGAUCGUGUUCAUGAUGAAGCUAGUUUUCAUGCGGCAGUAGCGGCUAGGCAGAGAAGACAGGAAGAGGAAGCUAGGAAGGCCGAGGGAAGAGAAAUGCCUAAGAGAUGGGCGCAGGAAGAUGGGAAAGAGUAUCCUAUAAGUACUGAUAGGGCUCAAGCGAUUGUUAGAUGGAUCCGGGAAGCCCCUCCUGGAGGUGAUGGUACUGGGCUAAAGAAGAAGAAAAGAGGUGUCAGGGGGAAGGGGAAGAGUGGUGUGAAUGACCUUAACGGGUCAGAAGCCGCUACUCAAAACACAAAGCUUGAUAGGGAGGGAGAAGGUAAUGAAGAGUUCGAGAAGAUUGAGGAGGAAGUCGACUGA